AUCCCAAUUUCAAUUUUUAUAUUGUUUUGAUUUUUAUUUUAUAACGACGUUAGAAUUCUUUCUAAUAGUAGCUUUGUAAUCUGACUGUCAUCAUUCUGGCUGUCAUCCACCGAGACCGUGUGUGACUUAAUUUUACAAAAACGGCUCUGGCAGCAGUUAUCCCACAUUGAUUUCGGAAAAAUAUCAAUAUGAUGAGCUUACGUUUCUGUGCAACCUCGGCCGGGCAUUUGUUUCGACGAGCGGCAUUUGGCAGUGCCAGUGUCAUGCGUUCAUCCUCUAAUGUUGCUGCUGUUGAGGCCGCCAGUAGUUCAUCAAAACAUUCGGCCACUACUGGAAGCAGUACCGGUAAAGAUUCGGUCGAUGUAAAAGCGCCAGAAGAUGCCACUAAAAAUCCUAAAUAUUCCUUGGUUGCUGCCGCCUUUGAAAAUUUACAAAAAGAUGAUUCUUCCCAGGCAUCUGCAUCGUCAUCGAAAGCCAACACCAGCGCAUCUAAGGGAUCCAACAUAGAUGAACGCAUCACAAAUGCCAAGACCAUUAAUGGUCUUUUGGGCAUCACCGAAGGCAAUACUGUGUUGACACGCAAACAUGCCCUUCGAAUUGUAUCCAUACUGUCGGAAUGGAGCAGUAUGAAUCGCGUUAAGCUAAAUGAAUUUGAAAAUGAUCCACGUUUCUUAAAGGUUUGCCGUAUGCUUGGACGUACUGUACCCAAGAAUGGCAAUGGCGAUAAGGUUGGGGAUGGCUCAUCAAAACGUAUUUCUGGUUUUCGAACAGAUGAUCUCAACACAGUUUUGGGUGUUGCUGGUGAUGAUGAAGCUGCCAAACUUAUAGCUAGCAUUAGUCUACCACAAAUGGUUAAAGUGAUGAGUACUUUGGCGGCACGCAAAAGACGUAGUACCCCUUUAUUACGUUCCUUGGCUUUUAACAUCAGCAGUUCGACGGAACAUUUGGAUUUGAAACAAUGUGGUGAUGUUUUUUAUGCAAUGGCUACUUUGAACUUCCAAGAUUCCGUAUUGGCGGCCAAACUCUGUGCUGAUAUCCAGGCUGCUUUGCCAAAGAAUACUGAUAAAUCGGCUGUGAUUGGUUCUAUUCUGACAAGUUUGGGUAUUUUAAAAUACAGGGAUUUGGACAUUAUGGAAUCUCUAACUCAGUGGACCAUUAAACAUAGCGAUAUCUGCCGGCCACAGGAUUUAAGUGCUCUCUUUUUAACCUCAGCCAUGUUGAAUUUUAAAAGCACCAACAUCGAGGAGGUCCAGCAGAAGCUGGCCAAGACAAUCGUUCAACAGGAUUUCAGCAAAAGUGUUGAUUGGCUAAAUCAUGUAUGGGCCAUGACAAUUCUUGGUUUGAGUACAAACCAGCAGCUGGAAAGUGUGUUGAGCAAAUCAUUUAUAGAUAAAAUCCAAACUGAGAAGACUGGCCUAAGUGCAACAUCUAAAAUGAAGUUGUUAAACCUUAAUAGUUACGCUCAAAUGUUAUCUUCUGACUACAAGGGUGAAUUAAUUCCGACCGAUAGUGAAGUAUAUAAAGUUCCAAUGGCCCAUGCUAAGGGGAAGCAGGUGCUGGUCAAUGGUCUGUUGGAUGCCCUAAAGAGUCUGUUGCCAUCUCAAAAUCAUGUUAAUAGUUUGGUUGACAGCAAAAUGGGUUUUCUAAUUGAUGCUGUUUGUGUAUUCGAUAAUAAGCGUAAUCCUUUGCCACUCGACAAAACACAUAAGGAUGCAAUCAAAGUUGCGUUAAUGAUUGUCGAUUAUCAUGAUAUCUGUCACGGUACCCAUAAAUCGGCUACCGGUAUUACCAGCCUUAGUUGUGAUCUGCUGGAAAAGACUGGCUAUAGAGUCAUACCGAUACCGUACAAUGAAUUCAAUACCAGUGAUAAACUGCUGAAGCGAGUCCAGUAUUUGGAAAGCAAAUUCAAGGCCCUUAUUAAAUAGUUUUAAUAAAUCAAUGAUAUGAUUUAAUCAUAAUUGUAGAGAAGAGCGAAGGAAUCAACAAUUAAACAAAUGUUUUUAGUUUUAAACCAAAAUUGUUAAUGGAAAGUGUGUAUAAUACAUUGUUGUACUUGAAUUUUUUUUAAAGUAUACUUUAAAACGAUCCAAAACCAAAUGAAGGUGAAGAAUAGUACACAAGAAUAUAACAAAUAUUGUAUGCUUAGUUUAAAAUUUAUUAUUAAAUUUUAUUUAAUAUUUCAAAUCAAGAAAACAAUUAACAAAUUUC